AUGACCACAUCCAGUGUCAAUCAGCUGUAUGUGUGCAUAGCCAGCAUUUCCAUCCUCGGCAUAGUGAGCGCUUCCAUGAUCCUGCACCGCCUCAUCUGCGGACGCGCCUGGUUCCUCAAGCUCUGGUACGUCUCUGGCGGCACCUUUGUCAUCCCCAAUGCCGUGUUUGCCUUCCUGGGCUGUCAGGCAUGCUUUGGCUUCAACUGGAUCAUCUACGCCUUUGUCACGAUCCGACACUACCAGGUGCACACGUUCCAGGCGACGUACUUUGUGUACAAGCCUCUCACUUUCUGCCCGCUGUGGGUCGGGGGGUGGUGGACGGCUUUUGGCAUUGCGGGUGCCUUUCCGGACGCCUUGACGCUCAAGGUGAAAGGUAGCAAGCAGAAGAGGCUCAUCGUAAGCCCGCUGGUCUUUAACAUUGCGUGCUGGGGUGGGCCAGCAGUGCAGGUGUGCAGCUUACUGGCACCUGCUUUUCCGGCUGUGAGGAAGAACAUAUCCGCUUCGUCCGACUUUGGGGUUUGGCGCGAGGAUGUUCAGGCGGCCCUUCAGGGCAGUGCGGAGGGUGCUUCGUACGACGAACUGCGUGCGCGUGCUCUGAAGAUUUGGCUUCAGAUCUCCCAGGCGUACUGGUACUAUUCGGUCGUCAUGCUGUGCUGGUGUGGCUGGGGAAUCGUGUCGCUCAUCGCACACGUGCCCAUGGGUGGACACGUGCUCCUGCGCAUCCGGCGACAGCUCAAGAUCGAGAAACGCAAGAUCCAAGUGGCAUCAAACCGACCUACAGCAGUAUCACUCGAGUUCGGCACCAUCGACGCCUCAGACUCGAAAGCCGUUCAAGAACAGAAGGACCACUUCUGCACAGCGACCAGCCGCGUUUUCCCGCCGCUGAAGGAGUCCCCAACCACACGUCGCAAGAGCAAGCAAAUCAACAGGACACCCGAAGAGCGUCGUCUGCGCAACCUCAGACGUCUGCUGAUCAAUCUCGAGGUGCAGUACUUUGGCAUCGCGCUGGCCGUCAUGUUCUUCAUCACGGGGGCUGGUAUCGACGCUUUUCAGAUCUACGAUGCGGCACGUCACAAUUACAUUAUGCGAGUCGAAGAGCAGUCCAACCUGUUUGCAGCUUGGUCAAUGGUGCUGUUCGCGUCGCUGAUCUUCUGGUGCAUCUUCCAGCGCUCUUUCGACCCUUCGCUUAGCAUCGACCUGUCGGACGAAGAGCCGUCGCCCAUAGCUCCUCGCUCUACCCUGAAGAUGCUCGUAAAGCCAUUCCUGUGCUCGCCUAGCACGGAUCAGUCUCCACAGAUGGUCACUCCGCGUGUCGACAAGGAUGAUGCUGCAAGUCGGGUUUCCUCGCUCCAGAAUCUAUGCGUACGAAAGGACAGUGAAGGCGGCACGGGCUUGGAUCGUUCUUCCACAUGUGUUGCGAUCAACUCCGACAGUGAGAAGAAGAGUCUCGGCUGGCCUUCGCAGAUACCAACACCUCAAACACCCACGUUGGACUUGUCACCUGUCUCCAUCAGCAGCAAAGAAUCGUUUGCUGACGACACAAUCGAGGUCUACUACGCUUCGCCUCCUUCUGCAGAAGUCACUGCUUCGAGCGGAGUCACUGUACCAGAAUCUCCUGGCCACGACGGAUUCCACUUGGCCGACCCGAAGACGCACCACGGUGCAGCUCCACGCGAUGGGGGCGACCAAGAGAUCCAGAUUGGUUCUUCGCAAAGAAAGCUGCUGGGCGAGUCUGGACCACUUCGCCAGGGGUCUAUGACGAGCUUGAGGCAGCGCAGUAACACGUUGACGCACAGCUCGAGGGUUCUGCCCCGCAGGCCUGUGACGGGGUCUGACGCUACUGGUCGAUUUGGAUUGGCUUCAACGCGGUGGGAGGCGUCUCUGCUGGAUACGGAAGGAAAGUGCUUUGAUCCUCUUGGCUCGCAUGUUGAGACAGCUUUGGGUCAGCCUCAGGCAGAGAGCAAGCGACAGACAUUGCCCGGAACACCGGAAGCUCAAACAAAGAGUUCCACCCAGGUGACGGCGAAUCUUUCGUAG